GUAAAAAGUUACAGCUGCUUAUACCAUAUAGUUACCGGUAUUUUAGUAGCAUAGACGCGUUCCGAUUUUUUUUUAAUUCCUGACAUUUUUUAAAAUUGAGACAUUAAUUAUUAAGAAUGGAAGACGUUAAAACUUUAGGACGGACAGAUUAUGUUGUGAUUACUUUGACGCUCGCCAUAAGUGUCGCAAUUGGCCUCUAUUAUAGAUUAACUGGAGGCAGACAGAAAACAGUUGAGGAAUACUUUUCAGCAAAUAAAACCAUGGGUCCAUUAUCAAUAAGUAUUUGUUUAAUGGUAUCUUUUAUGUCAGCAAUAACAUUAUUAGGCGUAUCAGCCGAAAAUUAUGCUUACGGAACCCACUUUGUUAUAAUUAAUUUAUCUUAUCUCAUUGGAACACCACUCGUUUGUUAUGGAUAUUUACCUGUAUUUUACAAACUACAAGCUACAAGUACCUAUGAGUAUCUAGAAAGACGAUUCGGCGUGUCGGCAAGAUUACUGGCAAGUUUUAUAGUAUGGCUUCAGAUGUUAUUGUAUUCUGGAAUAGUCCUUUAUGCCCCAGCUUUAGCCUUUGAAACAACAACGGGAUUACCAAAACUGACAAGCAUUUUGUCCGUUGGUUUCGCAUGCGCCUUUUAUUCGAGUGUCGGUGGAAUAAAGGCUGUAUUGAUAACGGAUAUUUUUCAAGCCAUUCUGAUGUUCGCUUCGUUAAUUAUUAUCAUAAUUUGUGCAUCGUCAUCAGCCGGGGGUAUUGACAAAAUUUGGGACAUUGCGGAAAAAGGCGGACGUAUAGAAUUUACUAAUUUUUCAUUGGAUCCGACAGAACGUCAUACAUGGUGGGGACUUUUGAUUGGCGGAAUGUGUACAUUCUUGUCACUUUAUGGAGUAAACCAAAUUCAGGUUCAACGGAUGUUGACGGUUAAAAAUUUGAAAUCUGCCCGAAAUGCACUAUGGUUAAGUUGGCCGAUUCUUACAUUACUUUCUAUCAUGACAUGUUUCUCUGGACUGGCAAUUUACAGUAAAUAUUUCGAUUGUGAUCCAAGAACAGUUCAAAGAAUUAAAAAAAAUGAUAUGUUGAUGCCUUUGUUUGUUAUGGAGAUGACGUCUUCUCUUCCUGGAUUACCGGGAUUAUUUAUUGCUGGAAUAUUUAGCGCGGGUUUGAGUACAAUUUCAGCGGCACUAAAUGCUCUCGCGGCAAUAAGUUUAGAAGAUUAUAUAAAACCAUUGUAUUUUAAAUGGACUAAAAAACAAUUUAGCAACAAAAAAUCAUUAAUAUGCAGUAAAUUUCUAGCAUUUGUAUUGGGAAUGAUUUGCAUUAUUUUGGCAAUUCUUGCUCAAUAUUUAGAGAGUAUACUUCAGAUGAGUUUAACGAUAUUCGGAAUCGUCGGAGGACCACUUGUCGGUUUAUUUACACUUGGAAUGUUAUUUGAAUCGUCAACACAACGCGGUGCUAUAAUUGGUACAAGUGUUUCCUUGAUAUUUUUAUUAUGGAUUUCAUUUGGUGGCCCAAGACCAGGCCCUCAGACUUUACCUGUGUCAAUAGAAGGCUGUGAUAGUGAUUUAUUGGCUCGAUUAAAUCUGACAUCAAAUACGAACGGAACGAUAGGAAACUUUUCGAACCAAUCGGAAUUUUUCUAUUUAUAUCGGAUUUCAUAUUUAUGGAUCGCGCCUAUAGGCCUUGCUAUUACCAUUGUAAUUGGCUGGAUUACAAGUAAUCUACUACAAUGUUUUGGAAUUGACAGAGUCAAAGAAAAUUUAGAUCCUGAUUUAUUUUUUCCAUUUAUUGCUAAACGCAUUCGAAACAGGCGUAAAAAUGAAAGAGAGGUUGAUUUUGAUGAAACUAAUUUACAGAAAUAUCAAUUUAAUCAAAAUGUUAAUGACGGAAGAACUCAGGAAUCAUUAUGUUCUUAAUUAACGUUUUCCUAAUUAAAUAUUUAUUACAGUCGAAUUCCAUUAACUCGGACAGUCAGUUUACGGAGGAGAGGAAGUUUUUAUGAAAUUCCGACUUAGCGAAUGCCCCUUCUCUUGUUGAAGAGUAAACUACUGCGCAUGCGCUCUUAGUAUAGCAUGGAGUGGGAGACAGCGCAGCUUGUAGUGGGGAUCAAGAUUGAGGGGAAGUUCCGGGUUAAUGGACUUCGACUGUAAUAAUUAAUUUUGCUCAUGUGUGUAAGAUUUAUUUUCUUAAAAGUUAAAUAUCUUGAAAAUUAUUUUACUGAU